CACCUGUAACAGUUGUUUUAUGGAGCAUUAUACCUUACCAAUAAAUGGAGAUUUACAUUUAAAUAUCAAAUGAACUGGAUUAUGUCUUGAUAAUAUAUCCAAAUGAUUAUUUUAAAUAAUAAUAUAAUACAUUUUAAUUGUAUAUAUCCUCUAUUCACAUAACUUCGUGCAGCCCUAUAAGAUCGUGCACUUUUUUAUGACGUAAACCUCUAAGCAACAUUCGAACGCACGUGCCCGAAAACGGUUCACAUUUGUAGCUUGAGAAUUUCCACAGCCGGGCCUCGCUGUGACGUCAACAAAAUCGGUGCACGAUCUUAUAGGGUAAUUUUGUGUGACGCAGACUAGGAUGUACAUGAAUGUUUAAAGCCCAGGCUUUCCGACUACUGAAGACACUGGUGAUGAAGCUCGCUUGUGUGUACCAGGGUUUAGGUGCCCUGGAGGAGUACUCUGCUUUGCUGCUGAGGACUCUGACUGAAUGUCUUGAUCCGACAGGCUAUACCUUGCAGUACAUUACACCUGAGUCAAUAAUAAAAGGCGACUUAUCAAAGAGAGUACAUCUGCUAGCAAUAGGUGGUGGGUAUGACCUGGGACUGAUUGAAGCCUUGGGUAGCAGAGGAAUGGCUAACAUCAGAGACUUUGUCCACUCUGGGGGGGCCUAUCUGGGCAUUUGCUCUGGAGCAUACUUCGCCUGUGACAGAAUUGAGUUUGAUAAAGACGGCCCACUUCAAGUGGUCGGGGACAGAGAGCUCAAGUUUUUUCCAGGUGUAUGUAUCGGCCCCCUGUACAACCCGUACGAUUACAACAGCCGCAAAGGAUCAGUGGUGGCACACAUAGGGUUCAAAACCCCAAUGUAUGGGCACAUUUUAAAUCUGGCACAAUCAAGCACUGGGACACAUACAGACACUCUAAUUUCUUCACUAAAUGGAAUCUCACAUUCAAGCGAAUUUCUGACAAAAAAGAGAGACAGUGCACUGUCUCAGAUCAAUGGUAUUCAAAAUUCUGAACAGAGCUGUAACAAUCACAUGCUUAACUCAGGCUAUGAUGUGGAGUCAAGAGCAUACUUCCAUGGUGGUGGGCAGUUUGUUCUGGACAAUACUGAACUUAAUGGACAUGUGCAAGUGUUGUCAAGGUACCUAGAUCUGGAAGGGACACCUAUUGCCAUGGUUUCCUGUAAUGUUGGUCAAGGUAGAGCCACACUGUCUGGGGUGCAUAUUGAGGUGACAGGGGAAGAUAUUGACGAUGGGGACACACUUGUGGAGCAUUUAGUCCCUGUUCUCAAGCAACAUCAGGCAGAGAAUAAUCUCAUUUUUAAAUGUCUUUUACAGAAACUGAAUCUCCAAGUAAAAUUGUAAUGAACUACAUGUUUAUUUUUUUCCAUUUUGAUAUUGAUUGUUAAUGUAUAUGUUGUCAUUCAAAUAUUUGUUUUAAUUAUGCCAGGCAUGGAGGUGGUAUAUUGGAGUCAUUUUGUGGGUUUGCUUUUUUUAUAUAUGAUGUUGUAGUUAUUUUGAGCAAACUUCUUCCUUAUUUCUCGAAAAAAAAAUGAAUCAGCACCUUUAUUCAUGCCCAGUGAUCGGCACAUUCUGAAGUUAUUUGCCCGUUCAAGAUAGGUGACAAAGUAAUGUGGGUGUAUUAGUCAUGUUUGUGAGGAAACUCUUGUUUAUGUUCUUAAACAAAUGGCAACUACUAGUGUUGUAUCAAAAACAACUAAUAUGAUUUAUCACAAUAUUCUUUAUGUUGUAAAACAGAUAUAAAUAUUUAAAUACUACAAAAGACUUAGUGUUAUUGGUUUUAUCCACAAUGUCUACAAUAUUUAUUAAAGCGUUUAAAGUUAACAUUAGCAUGAUCUUAACAAAAAAUGAAUUCUCUAUAUGAUGAGCAGAAAUCAAUUUCAUAAUUUUGACUUGUUAACUUUUAUCAUAAUAGGUGUGUCUCGUUCUUUAUCAUAAUAGGUGUGUCUCGUUCUUUAUCAUAAUAGGUGUGUCUCGUUCUUUAUCAUAAUAGGUGCAGGGCCGUACCCAGAAUUUUUUUACUGGGGGGCCCAACCGGGGAGGGUUUGGGAGGGGUCCCCCCUCCAUAUAUAUAUAUACUUUUUUUAAUUUGGCACUUUGCAAGGUGAAUUUUAAUGCUUAUAAAAAACGUAUUUUGUGAUAUGAAUUAAUGGAAUAUAACAAGUAAAUCAGCACAUUUCGGAAGUCUUAAGCUUUAAACAUUGGUGUGAAUUCACAACAAUAUUAAAAGCUUUAGAUUUCCGAAACUUACAGGUUUAAACUGACGAUUAUCCACAUCAACUCUUGUAUUGCUUCCACCAGUUUUUUUCACAAAUCAAUAACGUCACAGGUUUUUUUAAUUUGAUUUUUUGGGAAAGACCUUGCCAUUUUUGAGGAAAAAAAUUCGCGAAAUGCCUAAUUUUUGGGGGAAAUAAUAAAAGUCUUAAAUAAUCAAUUUAACAUAUUUUACUGUUUUCAAACAAAUUCAAGGAAAGAGAUAAUUUUAUUAUACAAUAUUUUUCUACACUGGAUCAGGUUAACUUAUAUAAUGAAAUCGAUUUGUUGUUUCAAUUUUCAUUUUUUUACCAAUGAGCCAUUAAUAGGUUGAUAUUACUCAAUUCUCGGUACUCAAUUAUUUUAAAUACUGAAUUCUGCCUAAUUCUUAUCUGUUGCUCGGCAAAUUUAUGUAUCUGUUUUUCUUUUAAACAAACAUGUUAACUAUCUCAUCGUAGUCCUUUUCAGUGAUAUCCUUUCAAAAAUGAUAAAUACUCAGUUUUAA